UUUCUUGAGAUCCAACAAUGGUGCAUCCCGAAAUCGGAUUAGAGGUAGUUAUCGACUCAUCGAUCACCAAACACCACAAGCAACCCACGACCACCAUAGGCCGCAAACAAUCUGCCAUCAAAACCCCCUCAAAACGAUCCCAGCAAGGCGUUAUUGCCACAAUCAAUGCUGGCUACUUCCGGAUCUGCAUGUCCCUUGGAGGUCAAGCUUUGUUAUGGAAAACCCUAAGCGAAAAAACCGACAUCUCACCCACUUUCGGAAAUCUUUUCACGAAGAUACCUUCGACCGCCUUCUUCCUCAUCUGGUCCCUCGCCGUUUGCAUCUUCGUAUCCCUCUCCAUCCUCUACAUUCUUCGCUGCAUUUUCCAUUUCAAAAUGGUGAAAUCCGAAUUCCAUCAUCAUGUUGGAGUAAAUUAUCUUUUCGCACCUUGGAUUUCAUGGCUUCUGUUACUCCGAUCGGCUCCGUCGUUCAUUUUUCCGCAUAAAUAUUCUUACGAAUACGUUUGGUGGCCGCUUAUCGUCCCUGUGAUUGCUCUCGAUCUCAAGAUAUACGGUCAGUGGUUCACGACGGAGAAAAGGUUUCUGUCGAUGGUGGCUAACCCUACAAGCCAGAUGUCGGUGAUCGGAAACUUGGUCGGAGCUCACGCCGCCAUUAAAAUGGGGUGGAAAGAAAGUGGGAUUUGCUUAUUUACAUUGGGAAUGACACAUUAUUUGGUGGUUUUCAUCACCCUUUACCAACGUUUAUCGGGCAACAAUCACCUUCCGUCCAGGCUCCGACCCGUUUUCUUCCUGUUCGUCGCCACCCCGAGCAUGGCGGCGUUAGCUUGGAAAUCCAUUAAUGGAAACUUCGAUAUGCUUUGCAAAAUGCUCUUCUUUCUAUCCUUAUUUCUCUUCACAUCAUUGGCUAGUAGGCCAGUGCUUUUCAAGAAAUCUUUAAAAAGCUUCAGUGUGGCAUGGUGGGCUUUCUCCUUUCCCCUAUCCUUUCUGGCAUUGGCCUCCACAGCAUAUGCUCAACAGGUGAAGGGGGUGACAGCGAACGGAUUGGCGCUUAUUUUAUCGACGAUUUCGGUUCUCGUUUUUGUCUUUCUGUUGGUCUGCUCGACGUUAAAGAUCGACUCACUUCUUCGAAACCCGGUUCUAAGUUUCUCUGACGAAAAUUGAGGACGUCCCCAAAUGUGUGAUAGCUUUUUUGCAUGUUUUCUAAUCGGUUUUUAGUCGUUUUGGAUGUAUCUUUGCGUAUAUUAGCUGAUCAUCGUUAGCUUUCA